CUUCCCCCGAUAAAAUUGUGCCCCGUGGUUUCUUUACUUAGCCGCUCACCAUCCCUGUCUUCGCAAUUAGCCGCUCAGCAAAACAGCAGCUCCACUGCGAACGUUAUCUCGCUCUCUCUUCCCAGUAAAGACAGCCUCUCGCCCAGUACUAUUCGCGGCCUUGCAGCCUCAACAAGUACCUCCAUUCAAGAGUGAUAGAGAGAGAAAGAAAGAGGAAGUAUGGCUAGAUAUGAUCGUGCGAUCACUGUAUUCUCCCCGGAUGGGCAUCUGUUUCAGGUGGAGUAUGCCCUAGAAGCUGUCCGCAAGGGAAACGCUGUGGUAGGUGUUAGGGGCACCGACAACAUUGUCCUUGGCGUCGAGAAAAAGUCCACUGCUAAGCUACAAGACUCUCGAUCUGUUCGGAAGAUAGUGAGUCUUGAUAACCACAUUGCAUUGGCCUGUGCUGGACUGAAAGCAGAUGCACGGGUUUUGAUCAAUAGGGCACGCAUUGAAUGCCAAAGUCACAGGCUUACUGUUGAGGAUCCUGUAACUGUUGAACACAUAACACGUUAUAUUGCCGGUCUUCAGCAGAAGUAUACUCAAAGUGGUGGUGUGAGACCAUUUGGACUUUCAACUUUAAUUGUGGGUUUUGACCCGCAUACUGGUAUUCCUUCGCUAUAUCAGACAGAUCCUUCAGGAACAUUUUCUGCCUGGAAAGCUAAUGCAACUGGGAGAAACUCAAAUUCAAUGAGAGAGUUUCUGGAGAAAAAUUACAAGGAAACUUCAAAACAAGCAACUAUCAAACUGGCCAUUCGUGCGCUUCUUGAAGUUGUUGAAAGUGGGGGUAAAAACAUAGAGAUUGCAGUGAUGACCAAAGAGGGACUGUGCCAACUUGAGGAAUCAGAAAUUGAUGCUAUUGUUUCAGAAAUUGAAGAGGAGAAAGCAGCUGCUGAGGCUGCCAAGAAGGGCCCCCCAAAAGAUACCUAACAGAAUUUUGUUCCCUUCGCUUAAUACUGUAUUGUGGUGAUUGCCUUUUUAGGUGUUUUGAUUUCGUUUCUAAUUAACAAUUGCUUUCAUUUGCUGGAGCUGGGGUACCUGCAAAGUAUAACUGGCGACAUUAAGUUACAGUGAGAUACUUUGGUAUGAAUUCAUUCCCCCUUCAUAUUCAACAUUCUGUCACAAAACUUCAAAAGUUUGCACUCAGGAAUUCUCAACUUGUUGCAAAUAAUAUUACUAGUGCCCUACCCCAAA